AUACCUAUAGGCUUGACUAUGUCAUGCUCUUCAUUUUUUUAUCUAGCCUUAUUUAUCGCUAUCAAUAGCUUUGCUCUUGCCAGUGGAUCCUCUAGGGCCUCAUAUUUUAUGCACAAGGAUAUUCUGCUGAGUGUCCUUCAUUCGCCUAGCCACUUCUUCGAUACAACUCCGCUUGGGCGUAUUAUUAACCGCUUCUCAAAAGAUAUCGAUACCAUUGAUCUGGAAAUCCCAAUGAACAUACGCCUGGCCUUACUUACGUUCGCCAGUGUGAUUGCCUCACUUACCAUGAUGUGCUUCUCUCUUGUCUGGUUUCCUCUUGUCCUGCUCCCACUUUCGCUGCUCUACUUCUUUCUUCAACGUAUCUAUGUCUUCACCAGUCGCCAGUUAAAACGCAUCGAUUCUGUUAGUCGCUCUCCGAUCUACUCUCAUUUUCAAGAGACCUUGAACGGCGUGGCUUCAAUACGAGCGUACCGCUGUCAAAAGCGCUUCAUAGGUAAGCUAUAUCAUUCCGUGCCACCCAAAAAGUCUAAUUACCUUGUUGAUGAGAACAUUCGUGUACGCUUCCCUCUGAUCGUGGCAUACCGCUGGCUUGGAUUCUCCACAGACCUAAUGGGUGCUAUCAUUGUACUCACCCUUUCGUUGGCAAUCGUUGCAACUGCCUCCACCAUCGGGCCUGGCUUUGCCGGUCUUGCUAUUAGUUUCGCACUCCAGGGGACCAGCACACUGGCUUUUGUAGUGCGGACAUUCUCGGAUAUUGAGAUGUCAAUGGUCAGCGUGGAACGCAUCGAGCAGUAUUCCAAUUUGCCCAGUGAAGUAAAUUUCGAUUUUAGAACUCAUCCAUCUCUUUUUGAUUCAUGCAUCCUAAAUAAGCACACAGAAAAUUGGAUUAGAACUUGCUAUGAAUAG